UUCCACUUGUUACCUUAUCGUGUCCGAUCGUGGCCUACUGUUUUCCCCGCAUUUCCGUUCGACGUGACCCCCACCGUUCGGCACCUGGCGCCGUUGUUUCCGGCGUUGCCCCGAGCGAUCCAACAGUGGUCCUCGGUCCCUCGUACCCGCGAGACGAGUACGCGACGAGGAUAGGUGGUGAUAUGUGAUCGAGAGUGCCCUGGGAAAUGAAUGCAAUGGUUACAGUGUGAGAUCGAACGUAGUCGCGGCUCCGAGAGCCGCUGUGCCGUCUUGGUGACAGCAGGGAAACCGUGCGAUCUGCUGCGACGCCCUAGAUAUCGAGCAACGGCUGGUCGAGUGAAGGAGGGUUCCGAGUGAUCUGGAGUGAAUAUUGAGAAUGAGCGGCCGCGACUCCUGUGCGCGCUGUCGCCACGGAUUCUAAUCGGAAUCAUCGUGACAGGAUUGUGGUGAUCGGUGUUCGUGACUGGCGUGGCGCGGCCCGUUGUUGGCCGCGUUCGUCUGGCCGGUUUCCUCGUCGUCAAAGCGGCGUGCCCGGCCGUGGACGAUUAGCCGGGAAUCGGGACGACGGAUUAAGUCGUCGGUCGCGUCAUCCCCCCCGGCGACCAUAAUCGCCGGUCGUCGAACCGUUCGCCGAGGGACCACCGCCUCCAUUCAGCCGUCCCCGAUUUCGGAUAAUGCUUCCGGAGGAACGCGGCCGCUUUGUUGCCGCGCGAUGAUUCGCCUGUUUCCCGCGUGAUGAAUCUCCUCGGCCUUCAAAGGAGGCCGGCAUAAGAAAGGGACGACCCGAAAACUCCGUAAUAGAAUUCAUCGAAAAAACGGUGGCUGGAUCGGAUCGCCGGUUGCCGGAAUAAAGGCAGCGAGAGAGAAAGAAAGAGAGCGAGCGAGCGAGAGGAGAGAAGAAGCAGAAGAAGAGAGAGAGAGAGAGAGAGAGAGAAAGAAAGAGAGCUGGGUCACUUUAUCGAGCGUUCCCGGCCCAGUGGUUACGACAGGCAAAACCUCUUGGAGCACGGUUUGCAACGUUCGGAGGGAACCGCGUUAUCGCCGGGUGCUAUCAAACGUUAGCCUGUAGACGCUCGGCCCCGGCGUGUGUCCUCGCCGAGGAAGAAUCCGGCCGGCCCACUCAUGCGUACCAAGUGAAAUACAGGGUGGCCGGAAGUGCUGUCUCAAUGGGAGAGGUUCCCCGUUCCGAGAGGCUGCCUUCGGAAAGACGUCAGCCUCGCGCAACUCGAUGGGCCACGGAGAAUCGCCGAGAGAAAACAGACGCAGCGGUUGAAACGGCCGCCGGAGUGCUCGAGUGCUGCGGAGUCCGCCUCGUUCCAAGUUCCGCGGCACCGGCGGGGCAGACGGGAAACUUCGGUAGCCGAAGAACGAUACCUCUCCUUCGUCGUCGUGCGCCGCGCCGCGCCGGCUGAAAAGUUCCUCCGAAGUGUUACGACCCGCGGCCAAGCUCAAUGGAAUCUUUUCUACUUUUAUAAGUGAACUCGCUCUCUGCCGCUGUCAUUGCCAUUCCCGCUGCCGUUGCCGUUGCCCGUUGCCGUUGGCGUCGUCGUUGCCGUUAUCGUUGCAGUAGCCGUUCCGGGACCAAGUGUAACCCAAGUGUCCAUGAGCCGGCUUCAUUAGCCGUAAUCGUUUCGCCCGCCGAAGUUCCCGGCCUCGUUAGUCCCAUAGCCGGCGCGCACUGCCAGAAGAAAAGCCUUGUCUCAAGCCGGAAAACCUGACCACCAGCCCCGAGAGACCGGGCGUUCUUUAUCCUCGGCUUUAUUCGAGAGAGAAUCGUGUGCCUUCGAGACGACCAUUCGAGAGGUUUGAUGAUCGACGGCCGGAUCGAUGGACGUGGCCCGCAGGAAGAAUCGAUCGAUCGUUCCCGGUCUUUCCGCGCCGCGUGCUGCGAAGUGAUCCGUUCCUCGGCUGAUAAGGAUCCGAGCGCGGCGCGACUUCCAUGCAGCAUCGGCCACAGCCUGAUACUGACGAAUUCGCUACGGACACGUGGCCGGUGAAAAAUGUGGAUCGGGAUCGACAGCGAGGAGGAUCCUCGGUCCGCACGACAAAUCCGCGGGGCAAGGACGCCGUUGGUUCUCCUCCGCGGGAGCAGUUAGGCGAUCGGAAUCGAUGGAACGUGGCGCACGCGAGCACCGCACCGGCUCGUCUGCCGACCUGGAAUUGGGCUGAAGCAGGAUCCCGUCGAUACUUCGGGGCCCGGAAAGGGAUGGCGGCGAAGUGACAAAGAAUUUACGGAAGUUCGGUUCCAUUGGACGCCCGGAGAGGGAUCUUGAUGCUAGCGGCGCUGUCGCGGAUAAAAAAUUGAAUUUCCGCGGUCGGUAGAACGAUUCGCCGGGAGAUACACUGCCUGGAUAGAAGAUGGGAGAGAACAAACGCGGAGAAGGAGAGAGAGAGAACGAGAGAGACGCGACAAAGACGAUCUCUGAAAUGAGACAAUGAAACGGGAGGUAUUCGAGGGAUAGAGACGCGAGGAACGAGCGUUCGAGAUGUCGAUGACGGAGGGAACAAAGUAGCCGAGCGGCGCGUUAGAACUUUGUUAACGAUCGAAAUUAGCUAGACAGUCCUCCUAGAUAUAUCGAACGUCGGUGAUCACGGACGCUUCGAAAGAAACAAUCCGAAUUUAUGAGAGAUCGACUGGGAUCGAAGGCGAAGCGGCGCGCAACAGGACCCAGGAUCAUUUGAGAAACCGGCGUCGACCAGAGGAAGCGGCUCAUUGUCCCAUAAAGUUGUCAGUGCUAUGCAUCGCGUCGGCUCCUGGAGCCUCGAUGACCUUGAUUCAGCGAGCAUGAAGCACCCAUCGAGGUCACCGGGACUCGAGAUUGCUAUGGCACUGUUCGGGAUGGUCUGGCUGUUGCGUGUUCGCUCGGAGAUGCGCCGCUGCUCGAAAUGCCGGCACGAGGAGAUCCUGGCGGCUCAGCAGCAGCAGCAGCAACAGCAACAGCAGCAACAGCAGCAACAACAACAACAGCUGCAACAACAGCAGCAGCAGCAGCAGCAACACCACGUUCACCAUCAUCAGCAUCAUCAGCAACGGACGCUGUCGCAGACCACCAGUCUGCAGACUCCGGAGGACGGCGUCUCGUCGUCCGCGAACACAUUGUUCACUUUGGAUACGCCUGGCGCCGCCGGAUCCGCCGGAAGUUACUGCGAGGUCCACGGAUUCGUGCAGGCCAAAGAAGAUAUCCAGGAGUUUUACCAGCUGACGUUGCUCGACGAGUCGAAAUCAGUGCAGCAGAAAACGGCGGAGACGAUCCUCAUCGCCAACAAAUGGGAAGCCAGCGACGGGCCAAUUACGCCAACCUUCGCUCAAAACGACACUACGAUCAAGGACAAGCGUACGCAACGCAGCAAUAAAAAACAACAGAAAAGUGGUGGUCCAGCUUUCCCGGUGAACCAGACACUGUCGAACAUUUAUGGCCGCAGGUCGGUCAGCCCUGACGUUCCGCACCAUGCAGACGAGGCUCAGAAAACGCGAUUCGCCGGCACAGUGGAAGAACAAUUGCCGCCCCCGCCGUCGCCGCCCCAAUUGAAAGAGGCUGGACAGUUGGAUGGAGUUCCUAGACCGAAUUCGGUCGAUCGCAUCCUUCAUCCUGACGGCAGCCAGCACGUAGCUAGUCACGAAACGCUGAACAAGAGUCACGACAGCUGGCAAGGACACGACGGCGACCAGGCACACACGCCCCUUCUUGCGGCUGACACGAGACAUGUCAAUGGAGACGAUGACUGGGAGUACGAGGAAAUUGUCCUCGAGAGGGGUGGUGCUGGCCUCGGGUUUAGUAUCGCCGGGGGUACAGACAAUCCCCAUUUCGGCAACGACACCGCCAUUUACAUCACGAAACUCAUACCUGGCGGUGCCGCAUCCGCGGAUGGCCGUCUGCGUGUCAACGACACGAUACUACAGGUGAACGAGGUGUCGGUUGUCGACGUACCGCACGCGGCAGCCGUCGACGCACUCAAACGAGCAGGAAACACUGUUAAGCUAUACGUACGACGACGAAGGCACACCCAGUUGAUCGAAAUCGAACUAAUUAAGGGUAACAAGGGCCUCGGUUUCAGUAUCGCCGGUGGUAUUGGCAAUCAGCAUAUACCCGGUGACAAUGGAAUCUACGUGACGAAAAUUAUGGAGGGCGGCGCAGCUCAAGUGGACGGCCGCCUUGUCGUUGGAGACAAAUUGGUGGCCGUCAGGAAUGCUCUGCAGGGCGACAAGAACCUCGAAAAUGUGACGCACGAGGAAGCAGUGGCAACUCUGAAGGCGACCCAGGACCGCGUGGUUCUUCUGGUGGCGAAACCGGAAACCGGAAUCGUGCCCCCGCCACCACCCCCGAUGGCCUCGGACAAUUCGCUCUCGCCGCAACCACGAAAACAAAAUGGCUCUGUGUCGGCACUGGAGAACAACUCGACGCUGCCGUACUCGCAAGAAUCACGUCACGCGUCUUCUCUGGCUCUCCACGGCGCAGCCACGCCACGAGCUGUUUCUCAGGAGGACGUAUCACGUUCAUACAUUCCUGAUAUAUUGUACGGAGAGGUGCGCACAGUCGUGCUCAACAAAGGCUCAUCCGGGCUGGGUUUCAACAUCGUCGGUGGCGAAGAUGGCGAGGGAAUUUUCAUUUCCUUCAUCCUAGCCGGAGGUCCGGCUGACCUUAGCGGCGAGCUGCGCCGCGGUGAUCAAAUAGUCAGUGUCAAUGGCAUUAAUCUUCGGACAGCCACCCAUGAAGAGGCCGCCGCAGCCCUCAAGGGUACCGGCCAGACAGUGACGAUCGUGGUACAGUACAAGCCCGAAGACUACAACAGAUUCGAGGCGAAGAUCCAUGAUCUUAAACAACAGAUCUCCCAGCAGAAUAUGAUGACAGGCACCCUCAUGAGGACCUCGCAGAAGAAAUCACUUUAUGUCAGAGCGUUGUUCGACUACGAUCCCAACAAGGACGACGGUCUGCCAAGCCGCGGUUUGGCGUUCCGUUAUGGUGAAAUCCUGCACGUGACGAACGCCAGCGACGACGAAUGGUGGCAGGCCCGGAGAGUGAAUCCUCAGGGGGUGGAGGAAGGCCUUGGUAUAAUUCCGUCGCGCAGACGAUGGGAACGGAAGCAACGCGCCAGGGAUCGUUCCGUCAAGUUCCAAGGUCACAUGCCGGUCAUCCUCGACAAGCAAUCGACGUUGGACAGGAAAAAGAAGAACUUCUCGUUCAGCCGGAAGUUCCCGUUCAUGAAGAGCAAGGACGACAAAUCCGAGGACGGUUCGGACCAGGAACGGUCGCCCACGACACCCGAGAACGAAAACGAUCCUACACCAUUCAUGCUGUGCUACACCCAGGACGACACUAACACCGAAGGGAGUAAAGAAAUUUUGUAUCGUGUUGAACUGCCUUAUAUGGAGGAACUGACGUUAGUUUAUCUGGAAAAGGACGAUGAUGAGAAUGAUGAAGAGCUUAGCAGCGAAGAAAAUGUGCUGUCGUACGAGGCUGUCCAACAGCUCACCAUUCAGUACACCCGACCUGUCAUUAUCCUCGGUCCUCUCAAGGAUCGCAUCAACGACGACCUCAUCUCGGAGUUCCCCGACAAAUUCGGCAGCUGUGUGCCACACACAACGAGGAGUAGAAGAGAUUACGAAGAGGACGGGCGAGACUACCACUUCGUGGCAUCGAGAGAGCAGAUGGAGAGGGACAUUCAGAACCACUUGUUCAUAGAGGCCGGACAGUACAAUGACAAUCUUUAUGGGACCUCUGUGGCGUCCGUUCGGGAAGUUGCCGAAAGGGAAAAACAUUGUAUCCUAGACGUGAGUGGGAACGCUAUCAAGAGGUUACAGGUGGCACAGCUGUACCCCAUCGCCAUCUUCAUUAAACCGAAAUCCGUAGAGUCGAUUAUGGAAAUGAACAAGAGAAUGACCGAGGAGCAAGCGAAAAAGACGUACGAACGAGCAUUGAAGAUGGAACAAGAAUUCGGAGAAUACUUCACGGCCGUAGUACAAGGCGACACUCCCGAGGAGAUCUACGUGAAAGUAAAGGAAGUGAUCUCCGAGCAAUCUGGUCCGAACAUUUGGGUACCGUGCAGGGACCAGCAACUGUGACGUCCUGCCCCCCACGCUCAGCCCGGUCCAAACGCUUGGACCCUACCACCGAGGCGUCAAGCUUAAUUACUCUAAAUAAAAUAAUCAAGUAACACUCUAAUGCCUUCCCCGUUCCCCCCAUCCUGUCCCCGUUACAAAAUCCACAAGCAAACACGAAUAAACACAGCAGGCAGACACAAACUCUCAGGCUCGCAUGCACACGUGCGCAGGCACACAUACACACACUAAUAAACACACGCGCGCGCGCGCGCACACCUAGGACACACGCAUAGACGUCCAACCAAGCAACACAAUGUCCCAGUUAAGGCGUUAAUGAUCACGCAACGCUCGUCGAAAAAGCUUGAUCGAGCACCGCGCACAGCCUCGAGUGUCAUCGACAAGAUACACGAACAAGGAAACGGAGAAACCGCAACGCAAGGAAAACAGGAAAAUAAGUAUAAUAAUAGAUCGCAUUGUUUCUCGACGUGUUCAAUCUCCUUCGCGCUGUCGUGUAAACUUUGUAACGGCGACGCCGGUCGCAGGAUAAACGAGAUGAACAGAAAAAGAGAUAUAGGCGAGAGAAAGAAAGAGAAAGAGAUAGAGGACAGACGCCGCGAAGGUGACGAGAGAUGGUAUUGAUCGGAUGUUUCGAUUGACCGAUAGAGAGAAAGAGUGUAUGAGAGAAAGAAGAGAGAGAGAGAGAGAGAGAGAAAGAUAUCGUUUCCGAAAGAGUAUUUAAGGUGUUAAUUAAUCCCCCCAGGUUGCGGGGGGUUCGUGUUAUAGUGUUAAAUACCAGAAGUGUUUCGUUGUACCACGAUGUUUUUCAUGUAUCUAACGGGUUUGUUGAGGCGAGAACACGGAGACCACCGUUGCGUACACCAGUCUCCUUAUUGAUUUUAAUUACGGGACUAAAGCCGCGCGGCGAAUACACGCCGGUAUUCGGGCCCGGCGCCCUCUGAAACCUUCCUCCCCGGUCCUCUCCCGCGACGAACUUUAUCGCUCGUGCUUCGUAAUUUAUACCGCACGCCCACGCCCCCGUUCCCAACCCCACCACACCCCCCGGAAAUUCCUCUUUCGCGUCGCAUAACUCGAACCGGAAGAAGCGGAAGAGAGCCCGGUCGUAGAAGACCGUCGUGUAUUCGUCCCGAUAGCGAUUUACAAACGCGCGACCGACCACUCGACUCGACUCGGAAUGCGACGUGUUCGAGAGAUUGUCCCGUGUUUUACGAUAUGCGACUCGCGCCUCGCCGCGCCGCGGUCACUGCACGAUCAGCCGGCGACCUAGUCGCGUUGUGUACAGUGAUCGCUUGGAUGAUACGCGAAAAAACAAGUCGAGCGGAUUUAAUGAAGGAGAUAAACGGAGAAAGAGAAAGGGAGAGAGAGAGAAGUUGUCGCGGGAUUCUCGUCGCGAUCGUUCGCAAGAUGCGCACAGCACCGCUAGACGCUUUCGAACAGACGUUUCCCUGAACCCCACCUAACCGCGCGCAAAAUCGCGGCGACGAAUUCGCGAGGUGAUUACGGGACAGACCGAGGACGCGAGAAUAGUGGAGAAAACACAUUUCGUACGGACGAUAUCCGAAUGGGGGAGACACGAAUUAAAAUAAAAACUUGGCUUCACCGAUCACACACUAUUAUAGCUUGUCCGGUUCGUUCUGACGCGAAGUAGCGCGAGCGCGCGGUAUUUUUUAAUGUACUUAAUCGUAAUAAGUGGCGCGAGAAGGAUCGCCGUGGGCCGAGGAUGAUGACUCGUUUAGUAUUGUCGCUUGUUGCCAAGCGAAGGGAAUUUAACCAUUGUAGAAUGCACUAAAUAAAAUGGAAACGUGAAACGAA